GGAUCCCACUUCCAUUAAUGACAUCUCAAUUGCACCACCAUAUAUAGCGUAGCCAAGCACGCAGUAGCAUCACACAAAGAACAAGCAGCACAAAGCAAUGGAGGCGCAUAUGCGAUCCAUGACGGCCACCUUUCUCCUCGUGCUCCUCUCCCUGUCCGCAGCCGCUCCGUCGGCUCGUGGCCAGGCGGUGGCGGCCGCGCCGGCUCCAGCGGCGGCUGCCCCGAAGACGAUCAAGGCGGUGCUGACCAAGGCCGGGCAGUUCACCAAGUUCCUCCAGCUGCUGCAGUCCACCCAGGAGGAGGAGCAGAUCGACACCCAGCUCAAGGGCAAGGCCUCAUCCGGCGGCGGUCUCACUGUCUUCGCGCCGCCGGACAACGCCUUCACUGCGCUCAAGUCCGGCACCCUCAACUCCCUCUCCGACCAACAGAAGACGUCGCUGGUGCAGUUCCACGUGGUCUCCCAGCUGCUCCCCAUGGCGCAGUUCGACACGGUGAGCAACCCGCUGCGCACGCAGGCCGGCGACACCGGCAGGGGGAAGUACCCGCUCAACGUCACGUCGGACGGCGGCGGGAGGGUGAACAUCUCCACCGGCGUCGUCAACGCCUCCGUCGACGGCACGCUCUACACCGGCGACAGGCUGGUGGUGUACCAGGUGGACAAGGUGCUGCUGCCGUGGGCGCUCUACGGGCCGCCCGUGCCCGCGCCCGCGCCCGCGCCGUCGCCGGCGGCGGACAAGGACAAGAAGAAGGCCGGGCCGGUGGCGGUGGCCGACGCGCCGGUGGCCGAUACAGCCACGGCGUCCGCGGCGGCGCCCCGGGAGAUGCGGGGCCUCGGCGGCCGUCUCUGCAUGGUGGCCAUCGCCGUUGCGGCCGCGUGGUGUGGCAUGUGACGAUCGAGGAAGAGUGGCGGACAGUCGGAUGUUGCCAUGCGUUGGAUGUUUUGAUUUUCCCUUUUCUUCGUCGAGACUCGAGAGACGAGAGGUGCUCGAAUCGUUCGGUAACCGAUAUUUUUUAUGUUUAUGUUUUUCUUCGGUGUGUUGUUCUUCGUUUUGUUUAUGUUUUUUCAGUAUGAUCCUUGUAUUUGCUGAAGCAUCGUAACGUUUCGGUCAGUAUUUUCCUCUUGUAGCAAAGUAGCAAUAUUGAGUGUACGCUGGGCGCCACCCGGGGUUCAAUUAAACGUUUUUCUUCUUU